CCCCCACAGCCUCGUUGUGGUACAGUCUGCCCUGCAGUCCAAGGAACGGCCGCCUUGGACAAUAGUUAAUUCCAGCAGCUGUCGGAACCUAUGGGCGGUGCGCUGUGGACCAGGCGGCUACAGCUGCGGGCUGCGUCUGUGGACUACCCGUCUCUGAUUCCUCUGUGGUUUGCGAAGUUUUGCUGACGCCGCAGUCCUGCAGAAACUGGAGCCCUCCAGUUUACCGGCAAGAGAGGCACAAUAACAGCCCAAAAUAAAAUCACCGACUUUCCAUUCAAUUUAUGUCAGGUGCGCCCCCAGUCUCCAUUUUAAAGACCUCGGUUAAUAUCUCUCCCCUUAUAUUUCCACUUCUUUAUUUAUUUGUUUAUUUAUUUUUUAAAGCUGAGAAAGAUAAAAUUGUUUCAUGGAUCUCCUGAAGGAAUGAGUAGCCUACGACUGCAGAGGGAGAGCGGAUAAGUGCGUGACUGGAUUUUAAAAAAUGGACUGCAAAGAUCUGGAGACCGGUUUAAGGGGAAAUGGGAAACCUUUCCCCUCCACUCCCGAAGCCGAGCCCAGAGAAGAGAAAGAGGUGUAUAGCAUUAUGAAAACCGACUCCUCCCCCACCCCAGACUCCUCCUCCACAACAGACUCCUCCCCCACGACAGAAUCAACUGUCAAAAUAGACUCCUCUUUAAAGCCAGAAUUGUCCUCAAAACCAGGCUCUUUCAAACCAGACUCCUCGGUGAAAACAGACUCCUCUUUCAAACCAGACUCCUCUGUGAAAACAGACUCCUCUUUCAAACCAGACUCCUCGGUGAAAACAGACUCCUCUUUCAAACCAGACUCCUCGGUCAAAACAGAUUCCUCCUGCAAGCCAGACUCAUUAAAAACCGAUGGUCCAUUGGCUUCCACUAGGAGGAAAGUCAGUCUUCAGCAUAAGAAAGCGGACGGACCAAAGCUGGAGGAGAGGCUGAAGCUGGCGAAGGAGCGAAGGGAGGAGAGGGCCAGAUACCUGGAGCAGCGCACCCAACAGCAAGCGGCGAAGAGGGCGCAGUGGCUGGAGAAGGAGGCGCGUGCUCGGCAGCAGCGGGAGAGGCAGCUGAAGGAGCGCAGGAGGAGGCUGGAGGAGCAGAGGCUGCGGGCGGAGAGGAGGCGCGCCCUCCUGCAGGAGAGGGAGCGCCAGAAACUGGAGAAGAACAAGGAGCGGUAUGAAGCAGCAGUCAGAAGAUCAAACAAGAAGACAUGGGCUGAGAUCCGUCAGCUGAGAUGGUCUUGGGCUGGAGGUCUGAACCAGACGUCCGGCAGAGAGAGCCGGUGCUCGACCUCGACGGCCGCCUCGCCCAAACGCGCGGACGCCGUUUUUACCAAGCGCCUGUCCAAGUCCUCCGCCUCGCUCUGGAGCACGCCCAGCGGAACCCGCAGUCUGCAGCUGAGCGCGAGGGAGAGCCGAAUCGUGGAGCGGCUGAUGACCCCCACCCUCUCCUUUCUGGCCAGGAGCCGGAGCACCACCCUGCUGAGCAGCGUCAAGGACUCGCACUCGUGCCUGCGCUCGCAGUCCGCCAACCCCCUGUCGGCCUGCGCCCACGCCUGCGCCGGGCACCGGAAGGUCUCCGCCAGCACGCCCGACAUCACGCAGCGCCAGCGGAAGCUCGAACCUGCCCCGGUGGAGAAAAAGAAGAAGAAGAAGAAGAAGGAGAAGAUAGACAAAGAGCGAGAGAAUGAAAGGGAGAAGGCCCUGGGAAAGGAGAAGGACCUGAAAGAGAGACGGUCCCUGAAGCAGAGAACGGAGACCAGCAGUGUCCCGAGUAAAAACCAGCUCGCCCCUCCGCCGAAAACCUCCCGGACCAGGCCCACCUCCCCCGGCCCUGCCGCCUCGCCCCGGGUCCCCGGAACGCGGCCCAAGAGGUCCAAAACCCCCGCCAGGGUGCGGCUGCCGGAAGCCUCCCCGGUUGCCGUGGAGAUGGCGGGAGAGUCGCUCAAGCCGGCCGAGCCCGAGGACGCGAGGGAAAAAACAGGCUCCACCAGCGUUCCUCCCCUUGUGGUGUCUGCUGCUCCAACAACGGCCCCUUCUCCAGGAGCAGCAAACACAACGGCCACCGCCACCCCCUCCCAGUCACCCUCCACCACCUCUCCCUCCGGCCCCUCUCCCUCUGCCCCAUCUCCCUCCACCCUGUCUACCUCCGCCCCGUCUCCCUCCGUCCCCUCUCUCUCUGGCCCCUCUCCCUCCGGCCCCUCUCCCUCUGCCCCAUCUCCCUCCACCCUGUCUCCCUCCCCCGUCUCCAUCCGUCCCCUCCUCUGGCCUCUCCUCGGCCCCUCUACCUCCGCCUCCUCUCCCUCUACCCUCUCUCCCUCCACCCUGUCUCCCUCCGCCCCCUCGCCCUCCGUCCCCUCUCCCUCCGCCCUGUCUCCCUCCGCUCCCUCCCCCCCGGGCCCCGCCCCGGCCUCGUCGCACACAGGCGGCCGCCCCCCGGCCGGCACCACCGACCCGGAGCAGGCGGCGCGCAGCCUGGCGAAGAAACGGCGACAGAUCCGCGAGGAGCGGGAGAGAGAGGAGCAGGAGCGGCGUGAGCAGGAGGAGAGAAACCGGGUUUUGCGUGAGGAGCGGUUGGCAUGGGAGCUGGAGGAGAGGAGGUGCAGGGAGGAGGAGGCUCGGCGUGUCGCAGAGGAGCAGGAGGCCGCGGCACAGCAGCAAGAGGAGGCAGCGCAGAAGGAGAGUGACCGCCUGCAGAGAAUGAAGGAGGAGGAGGCGGCCAAGGCCCGGGAGGAGGCGGAGCGACAGAGACAGGAGAGGAACAGGCACUUCCAGAGGGAGGAAGAGGAGCGCAUGGAGAGGAAGAAGGUGUGGACGAGGACUCCUGAUAGCCAGACUCUGUACGCCCGAAGAGACAUGGAGACCGCAGUUGAGGGAGGAGGGGACAAGAACGAUUCUCCACCGCAGAAGUGUCCCCCUGCGCCUCGGGCUGACGAUAAAGAUGUCCAGAGGGACGUGGAGAGCAGUGAGACACCUUCUGAUGAUGACAAGCAUCACCCACAGACAACACAGUCCAACCAGCUGGCGGAGACUGUCCAAUCGCAGGGCGACGUGAAAGAAAGCCCUGUGAUGAACGGUGGUGUGCAGGCCGCCAGCCGCCACCCCAACGGCCUGUCCGACCUGGGGAUCAUUCAGCUGGCCAAUCGCAGGGGCGUCAGCGACGGGGGGCGGGACGCGUCAGAGCCCGACAUCCCCGGCGGUCCAAUCAAAGCCCUCGAGGGCGGGGAGCCCUUCCUGAUUAAAACGGGCUCCUUGAAGACCCAGCACGUCACAGGGGUGCUUUGAAACUUCAGAUGUUGUGGAAGACGAGCCUUUAAACCAGCAGAGGAGGAGAAGUGGCUCGGUUUGCCCGCACAGCUGAAAUGUGCCAAAUA